GUCGUCUAUAAACCACUAUCAAAAUCCCCAUGACAUUAACAGCUUCAUAUCCCAACAUACAUUCUCUCACACAAACUUCUUUUUGUAUUAUCUCUUCUUCUUUUCCAAAAGUAAGUUACCCAAUCCAUCAGAGUCCACUGCAACUGUAAUCCGUCUGUCUCCGAUCCUUUGGAUAAACUAAGAUUUAGCAUGGCCUCAACUUGCAUAUCAAACUGUGUGGAUGCCAAAGCCCCCGUCAGAGCCACCUAUGUAAACCUCUACAAGUGGCCGGAAUCCGACGUCGAAUUCGUAAGGUCAUUGAGCUCUAACGGACGCAAGAAUGGCGGCGGCCACGGUGGUGCCGCUGGUCUCAUGCAUCCUACGGUGGUGGACAGUAUUUCGUGUCGACAGUUAUAUUUAAGAAGCUACACUUUCUCAAGGGAUGACGAGUUAAACGCAGCUAAACGUAAGAGAAGUUGUAGAAGAUUCAGGGACAGGGUGUCUGCGGCUAACAAAAGAAAGCGAAAGCUAAGAGGCGGUGGUAGCAGCAGCUGUAGUAGCCAUGGCUGCGAAGGUGGCGCCGGUAGUAGAAGGAAGAAACGCACGGGGUUUAGAAGGGCCAAGGAAAUGUCAUGUGUUGCCCUGGCGGCGAUUUUCAGGCGGUUGCUUUCUUGCACCACCAAGGUUGAUGUGGUUGGUUGAUCAUUAUAAAUAAUAUUUCUUCUUUUUUCUUUUC